GGUAGUGGGAGAGCGGGAGGCAUCGUCUCAAGAAUCGAGCCGAAAUGUGUAAUUAACGCCGAGCUCUGGUUUAAAACAAUCGAUAUGUCUUAUGUGUUGAUUUACUUGUUUAAUUUUAGAAAUGUGAACAUUCCAUUGCAGUUUUAUAUAAUAUAAGUGUAAACCUUUAAAAUACAACAAAUAUUCGAACUCGUAUUAAAAGCUUUGCAUUCUAACACACACGAAAAAUGGAGACAUCUAAUUCUACAGCCGGCAAAACUUCGUCGAAUAACAAUACCACGCGUGGUGAGAAAAGGAGUACGCGAGGUUCGAGGCAAAAAGCUGUAGAUACAUUAAGCAAAAAAUUUCUCAGAAACUUUGACCCUGAACACAGUGAACGAGAGAAACGUAAGCUGUAUCGUCGAUUAUAUCACAGCCACAGAAAGCAUCUGUAUGAUGAGAAAGGUAUUUUCAUACAAUCAUCAGAUGAUCUUUGCGAUUGCUUGAGCUCAGAGUGUCCUGGAUGUCACUUUCCAUGUCCUAAGUGCUCUUCCCAAAAAUGUGGUCAUGAAUGCAGAAAUAAUCGCAAAUGGACUUACGACUCCAUUCUCUGCGAAGGCACUGAUUCAGUGAUUAAAAAUCCAGUAUUAAAAGAACCUGAAAAAUGAAAACAAGAUGUAACAAUAGGUAUGAAUAUAGUCUGUAAAUAUCUGUACAUAAAAUAUUCUCAAAUAAUGUUGAACCCUUUUAUCACUUUUACAAAGUUUUAUGUAACAAAUAAAAAGAAGUUUAAUAAACUUAAAACGUUA